UUCUCAAUAGCACGUCGCGGAUCAAAUAUACACGCUUAAUAUCAUCUUCGUCAUAGAUUCAACCUUCAUCACAAAACCAAUCUCUUCGAUUGACGCCGUUCUGUUGCAAAGGCAUAAUCAACCCAUUACAAUGAACUCAAACACCAAAAAUCAGUUACACCAGCUCAUAAUUUCAUCUCCGGAGCUCCCAAUUCAAAAUCGGAUCCUAACCCUAGACCCAAACCUUACUUUUCGGACCCUAAAAUCACAUCUCCUCCCAAAUCAAACCCUAGAUUCAUCAUUCUUCUUCACCUUCAAUGGAAAACCCCUAUCCGAUUCAACCACAAUUAAAAGCUCACGAAUCGCCCAAUUUUCGACGCUCAGGCUUAAUUUUCGUCUCAAUGGAGGCGGUGGUGACGGGGGCAGCACGUGCGCUGAGUCACGUGAUUGCUAUUUGAAUAUGUAUGCUUCGAAGAAGCCUGAUAAGGUUGAUCCGAAUGAGCAGCGGUUGUCAAAAUGGCUGAAUUGCGCGUUGUCGAAUGAGCCGUUGAAGAAUCCGAUUGUGGUGGAUUAUUUGGGGAAUUUGUUUAAUAAGGAGUGUUUGGUGGAGGGGAUGUUGAAGAAGAAUUUGCCCAAGUGUUUUCGGCAUAUUAAGGGUUUGAAGGAUAUGAUUGUUGUUAAGAUGUCAGAGAUUCGUGAUUCGGAUUCGGAUACGAAGUAUCAGUGUCCUAUUUCGGGGUUGGAGUUUAAUGGGAAGUAUAAGUUUUUUGCGUUGAGGAGCUGUGGACAUGUGUUGAGUGCCAAGGCUUUGAAGGAGGUUAAGUCGACAGGGUGUCUUGUUUGUCAUAAGGAGUUUGAGGAGUGUGAUAAGAUUGUGAUUAAUGGGAGCGAGGAGGAAGUGGAGGCGUUGAGGGAGAGAAUGGAGGCGGAGAGGGCAAAGUUGAGGGAAAAGAAGGUGAAAAAGGUGAAGAGCGGGGAAGAGGGUGGUUGUACGGAGUUAUUACGUGUGAGUGGGAAGAAGCAUGGUAUGGAUGAUAAUGGGGCGGAGAAGGGUUUGUUAAAGGUUGAAGGAAAUAGGAAAGCUGGUAAUGAUGGGGUUAAGGUGAAGGGUGUUAAUGAGGGGAAGAAUACUGUUCCCGCCAAACGGUUUAAGGCGGGUGACAAUGUACCUGCAGGUGCAACUAAGGAAGUGUAUGCCUCUAUCUUUACAUCAUCGAGGAAGUCAGAUUUUAAAGAAACAUAUUCUUGUCGAUCACUGCCUCUGGGGAGAAAUUGAUUAGUGAUUUUGGUGAGGUUUUCGCCUCUUUGCUAGUAUUGUUGAUUUGAAGGUCAUUUGUAAUUUUGAAAAAAGGAAUUGUAAUAUGAUGUUUUACAUUUUAUGUUUGGUCAUGCUUAGUAAACAAUGAUGGUUACUGUUAUUUGGUAUUAAUAAUUUGUUUUUCUUUUA